UCCGCCAGCGGCCCGGCCGCGGCCAUGGCGGGGUAUUUGACUCCGCGCUUCAGGAGGAUCCGCAGCCAGAGCGAGUUGCAGCCGCGGCGGGGGAGUGGGCGGCGCCGAGACUGCGAUGGUCCUUUUCAAGCAACUCGCCUGUGGAAUAGUAUUAUACAUGCCCUUCACAAUCAAGUGGAAAUCAAAAGACGUAGACAACACCUGAAAACAUACAGAAACUGUUUCACUGGCUCCAAUGCUGUUGAUGUGGUACUGAGCCAUCUUAUGCAAAGCAUGUACCUAAGCUGCAGUGAUAUUUCUCGGCUCAAGGGGGUCCGCGUCUGCCAAGCAUUGAUGGAUCACAAAGUGUUUGAGCCAGUUGGAGCCAAGCUUUACUUAUUCAAGAAUGGGAAAGAAACAGAGUUUGAAGACACGGACACUAGUCUCUAUAGAUUUGUAAAUAGCAGUCUUGAUCCUCUUCUUCCAAAAAAGAAUAAGGACAAUGAAAGCUUAUCUCCUGAGCAAAUCUGCAAACAGAAAACAAAAAGAUGUUCCAACAGAACAAAGUGUGGCACAACACUUUCAAACCCCUUAGCAUUGGAAGCAGCUGAUAAAAAGAGGGUUGAGGAGCUUCUUCGAUCACUAUGUGUUCAUGCAUCUUUACCUCCAAAGAUCAUGGUUAAUGAACUAACUCACCAGCUUUCAAAAGGAGUAAUAGAAGAUGUCUGGAAACAGCAAACUGUGCUCCGACUGCUGCAGUUAAUUGAUAUUCCCUUUCUAGAAGAUAUCUUAGUGUCUUCAGUGAAGACAAAAUCAGACAGUUUUGGCAAAGAAGAAGACAUGAUUAUCUCAAAUACUUUCCUGGAGAGAGAGGUUACAUGUAGCUUAAACUUAUCUGAGCUUGACAGAUGGCUCUAUGCUGCAAUUGAAUGCUUGGAGUAUUUUCCUGACCAAUUCCUAGUGAUGGUUAGUCAGCAGUUACCUCAAAGCACUAACAACCCCAGCGGUCUGAAUACAUACAAGAAGAUUCUUUUUGAUAUUAUAAUUAAGUAUUACAGUCAAAAGAAGGACUCUCUUCUUGCCACUCAGGAUUUUGAUAUUCAUUCAGGAAUUAUAGAACUUAUAGAAAAAGGAAAAACAGAUCAAGCUCUAGAGGCAUUACAACUUUAUCUUAAAUUAUUAGCACCGAAUGUUAGUGAAGAACUUCACAGGCUCCUUACAUUCUUAGCCAUUGCAUCAGAAUCUGAGGGCUACAGAUUGCAAAAACAAUUUGAGAACAGAUUUGUGAUCAUCAAGACUUGUACAAAGUUCAUCUUACAAAACAGGACACUCUCAAAACCUCAGGCAGAGCUGCUGACUCAGUUUCUGAUGGACAAUCACUCCGAGCUCUUCAAGGCUCCUUUAACUCUUCUGGAACUAACGAGUAGGAGACUUGAGAGUUUGCUAGAAGGGCAAGAUCCAGAUAUCAAUUCAGGUACUGAGCCUUGCUACAGAUCUGAUUUACUCACAGGGAAUCUUUGGAUCCUAAAAAAUGCUUCACCUUCUGUCAGCGCAUUACACCUAAAGAAUACGAAGAUCAAAAGCAACAAACCAAUCAGUAUCUUCUAGCACUGAUUCAAGAGAUGGACAAUGACCCUACUGUUCCUUCGAAGCAAAAGAAGAAAUUAAUCAAAGAAUUCCGAAAAUACCAUUCUUUUGUCUACUGUAGUGGUUGUAAAACUACAUGUGAAUUUUGUACUCCAAAUGGUUAGAUUUCAAUACACCUUUUUUUAAUCUUUUUUUAAAAAGAGUAGAGGAGUCACAUGAAGAUUGAUCAUUAAAAAAAGUUUUUUUCUUGCAUCUUUACAUCUUCAGUUUCAGGAAGCUACAACUAUCAAAAUUUCUAUGCUGCUAAAAGGCAUUAAAUCUAAGUAAUCUUUUAAGCAAAAUAUACUUGUAAAUAAUAACAGCACACUGCUUGGCUGCCUUGAGUUCAGAGUUUGGCACUUUUUUCUAUCUGUCCCACAAACUCAUGGCUUUCUAUCUGAGGAACAUCUAUGUUCUGAGCCAUUCUUGGGUUGAUAAGCAGUAGGGGUUUUUAAUCAUUUCUAUCUUUAAUUAAUAAUAACUUAAUCUCAUCUUAAACUGUAGGUUAUGACUCCUGUGGGUAUUGUAAAAGUGUACAAAGUGUGUAAAAAAUGUUGAAAGCAGGUCAGUGAGUUUUAAAUUGGCAGCUGGAACAAUUUAUUGGGGGUGGGAGCUGUGUGUGCUGCAAUCAGUAAUUAUAACCUGUUGUUAUAAACUGCUUCCCCCACUGGCAGACUGAGCUGCUGCUAAUUCAAGUAAAAAGUUACCUUUUGAAGAAAUUGAGAAAUGUUUAUCUUGUUUAAGAUCUUAAUAUACUUAAAUAAUUUAUUUUAACAUGAGGAUAUUUUGAUAGUUAAUUAUCCUGUUAUUUAUCAUAAAUACUUUGGUAAUGUUUAUGAAUUCAUAGGGCAAAGCUAAAAAGUAUAUUGGCCUGUCUUGACACAUUAAUGGUUUAACUCUACAUCAACAGGGAUUUGUUGAUUCAAAUCAUUAAAUCACAGAAUCGUAGAAUGGUUUGUGUUGGAAUGAAUCUUAAAGAUCAUCUAUUACCAAACCCCGUGCAAUAGGCAGGGACAAUUUUUACUAGACCCGGUUGCUCACAGUCCCAUCUGCCCUGGCCUUGAACACUUUCCGGGAUGGGGCAUCCACAGUUUCUCUGAGCAACAUGUUCCAGUGCCUCACCAUCCUCACAGGAAAGAAUACUUUCCUAAUAUUGAAUCUAAACCUGUUCUCUUUCAGUUUGAAGCCUUUGUCUUGUCACUACACUAUGAAAUGCCCUUUUGAAAAGUCCCUCUCCAGGUCUCUGUAGGCUCCCUUAAGGUACAGGAAGGCAACAAUUAUGUUACCCCAAAGCCUUCUCUUUUUCAGGCUGAACAAUCCCAAUUGUCUCAGCCUUUUUUAAUAAUAAAUAAAUAUGUGAUGUAGUUGGAUAGGGGUUGCAUUACUUCUUUCAUACUUGUAACAGACAUUUAGUCAUCUAUUAGACAAAGACUCAUGGACUUGGUAUUGGAAAGGACCUCUGCUCUAGUCUCACCACUCAGGUUGAAGUGGAGUUUAUUAGAGCAGGCUGCUCAAGAACUUUUCCAGUUCAGUUUAAAAUAUCUCCAAAAAGAGAUGUGCCACAGCCUCUUGCAUGAGUCUGGUCCAGACUUUCAUCAGUCUCACAGUAUUCAAAAACAAGCAAACAAACCCCACCUCCACACACACAAAAAAAUAAACAACACCCAAAAUAAACAACCUUCUUCUACUGCCUCCCAUCCUUUCACUGUCACUGCUGAAGUGUCUGGCCUAGUCUUCUUUACUCCCUCCUGUGAGCAUUCUCAGGGCUAAACAAUCAGCACUCUCAGCCUCUUCCCUGUGUGACAGAUCCUCUAGUUCCUUAUAAUUUUCUUGGCCCCAAUACUGGACUAGCUCCACUCUAAGCAUGAUUUUUUUGUUGUUGUGUGAAUGUGCUGCUUUAGGUGUAUCCAUCCUCCUGUAGGCUUCAAAAGGUAAAGGCAGCAGGAUACCAAAGCUUUCUUAAAACAAGUGCUGUUUUAAUUUUAAAUUGUUACACUCUAAGAUAUAAACAACACAACUUAGUUAACUUGGAUAUUUGAAGUAACCUUAUUUAUCUGGCCCUAUUAGAAGUCAGAGAAUGUAGUUGAAAUCUCUGUCCAUGAAUCCCUGUUUAUGCACUUGCUGUUUAACUGUGAUUCACUAGUGUGAAAUAAAUAGUUUCUAGAGGAGGAAAAAGGGCUAAGUUUCCUCUUUCAGAGGUGAAUGCCCUAAUUCCUAUAGUACAAAGCCAUGUAUUCUUUUUCUAGUCCUCUGUGGGGUUUUGGUCAGGGAGUAUAUACAGAAGCAGAUUAUUGAGACUUGUAAACAGGAAAGUAUUUCCUGACUAAGUGCUUUUGAGUAGUAGAAGCAAGAGAUUUUAGGGUUGGUUGUUUUUGUGGGGGGCUUUGGUUGGUUGGUUGUUUUUGUUUAUUGUUUUGGUUGGGGGGGGGUUGUUUUUUUUUUUCCCCUCUAAUCUCUUUUUUUCUCUCUUACUCAAAAUAUUAAACCUGGUAACAGAGAGAGGUGGUAAUGUGGUAAUUUCUGGGCUGGGGGAGCUGGGAAGAAUUGCUUUGAGAAAAACUGUUAAAAAGCAAACUUGCACUUUGUGACUUUAGAAUCUCCUUGUGCUAAUUUAAAUAC